CCGCACACAGCUUCCGUGCAGUGGGCAGAGCCCGGCCCCGCGCGCGCCCCGCCCCGCCCCUGGCUAGCCGCGCCCGCCCCCGCGCUCCUGCUCCCUCCCCUCUUUCCCUCCCCGCCUCCCCGGCGCGCACCCCUCCCCUCGCGCCCCUCCCGCGCCCUACAUCCACCGCCCGGCGGAGGGGGCUCAGUCCGCAGCCGCCGCCGCCACCGCCGCGCUUCGGCCUCGGUGCAGGCAGCGGCCGCCGCCGCGGAGACAGCUGCGCGGGCGAGCAUCCCCACGCAGCACCUUGGAAGUUGUUUUCAACCAUAUCCGGCCUUUGCCGAAUACAUCCUAUCUGCCACACAUCCAGCGUGAGGAUGCAAAAUUGUAUAUAUGCUGCGAUUGUAACUUGCAAAGUGAUAUGUACCUGUGGACAAGAACUAGAAGGCACAAGGAAAAAAUGUCCCUCCAGCUACAAGGUGGGCACCAUGGCAGAGAAAUUUGACUGCCACUACUGCAGGGAUCCCUUGCAGGGGAAGAAGUAUGUGCAAAAGGAUGGCCACCACUGCUGCCUGAAAUGCUUUGACAAGUUCUGUGCCAACACCUGUGUGGAAUGCCGCAAGCCCAUCGGUGCGGACUCCAAGGAGGUGCACUAUAAGAACCGCUUCUGGCAUGACACCUGCUUCCGCUGUGCCAAGUGCCUUCACCCCUUGGCCAAUGAGACCUUUGUGGCCAAGGACAACAAGAUCCUGUGCAACAAGUGCACCACUCGGGAGGACUCCCCCAAGUGCAAGGGGUGCUUCAAGGCCAUUGUGGCAGGAGAUCAAAACGUGGAGUACAAGGGGACCGUCUGGCACAAAGACUGCUUCACCUGUAGUAACUGCAAGCAAGUCAUCGGGACUGGAAGCUUCUUCCCUAAAGGGGAGGACUUCUACUGCGUGACUUGCCAUGAGACCAAGUUUGCCAAGCAUUGCGUGAAGUGCAACAAGGCCAUCACAUCUGGAGGAAUCACUUACCAGGAUCAGCCCUGGCAUGCCGAUUGCUUUGUGUGUGUUACCUGCUCUAAGAAGCUGGCUGGGCAGCGUUUCACCGCUGUGGAGGACCAGUAUUACUGCGUGGAUUGCUACAAGAACUUUGUGGCCAAGAAGUGUGCUGGAUGCAAGAACCCCAUCACUGGGAAAAGGACUGUGUCAAGAGUGAGCCACCCAGUCUCUAAAGCUAGGAAGCCCCCAGUGUGCCACGGGAAACGCUUGCCUCUCACCCUGUUUCCCAGCGCCAACCUCCGGGGCAGGCAUCCGGGUGGAGAGAGGACUUGUCCCUCGUGGGUGGUGGUUCUUUAUAGAAAAAAUCGAAGCUUAGCAGCUCCUCGAGGCCCGGGUUUGGUAAAGGCUCCAGUGUGGUGGCCUAUGAAGGACAAUCCUGGCACGACUACUGCUUCCACUGCAAAAAAUGCUCCGUGAAUCUGGCCAACAAGCGCUUUGUUUUCCACCAGGAGCAAGUGUAUUGCCCCGACUGUGCCAAAAAGCUGUAAACUGACAGGGGCUCCUGUCCUGUAAAAUGGCAUUUGAAUCUCGUUCUUUGUGUCCUUACUUUCUGCCCUAUACCAUCAAUAGGGGAAGAGUGGUCCUUCCCUUCUUUAAAGUUCUCCUUCCGUCUUUUCUCCCAUUUUACAGUAUUACUCAAAUAAGGGCACACAGUGAUCAUAUUAGCAUUUAGCAAAAAGCAACCCUGCAGCAAAGUGAAUUUCUGUCCGGCUGCAAUUUAAAAAUGAAAACUUAGGUAGAUUGACUCUUCUGCAUGUUUCUCAUAGAGCAGAAAAGUGCUAAUCAUUUAGCCACUUAGUGAUGUAAGCAAGAAGCAUAGGAGAUAAAACCCCCACUGAGAUGCCUCUCAUGCCUCAGCUGGGACCCGCCGUGUAGACACACGACAUGCAAGAGUUGCAGCGGCUGCUCCAACUCACUGCUCACCCUCUUCUGUGAGCAGGAAAAGAACCCUACUGACAUGCAUGGUUUAACUUCCUCAUCAGAACUCUGCCCUUCCUUCUGUUCUUUUGUGCUUUCAAAUAACUAACACGAAUUUCCGGAAAAUUAACAUUUGAACUUAGCUGUAAUUCUAAACUGACCUUUCCCCGUACUAACGUUUGGUUUCCCCGUGUGGCAUGUUUUCUGAGCGUUCCUACUUUAAAGCAUGGAACAUGCAGGUGAUUUGGGAAGUGUAGAAAGACCUGAGAAAACGAGCCUGUUUCAGAGGAACAUCGUCACAACGAAUACUUCUGGAAGCUUAACAAAACUAACCCUGCUGUCCUUUUUAUUGUUUUUAAUUAAUAUUUUUGUUUUAAUUGAUAGCAAAAUAGUUUAUGGGUUUGGAAACUUGCAUGAAAAUAUUUUAGCCCCCUCAGAUGUUCCUGCAGUGCUGAAAUUCAUCCUACAGAAGUAACCGCAAAACUCUAGAGGGGGAGUUGAGCAGGCGCCAGGGCUGUCAUCAACAUGGAUAUGACAUUUCACAACAGUGACUAGUUGAAUCCCUUGUAACGUAGUAGUUGUCUGCUCUUUGUCCAUGUGUUAAUGAGGACUGCAAAGUCCCUUCUGUUGUGAUUCCUAGGACUUUUCCUCAAGAGGAAAUCUGGAUUUCCACCUACCGCUUACCUGAAAUGCAGGAUCACCUACUUACUGUAUUCUACAUUAUUAUAUGACAUAGUAUAAUGAGACAAUAUCAAAAGUAAACAUGUAAUGACAAUACAUACUAACAUUCUUGUAGGAGUGGUUAGAGAAGCUGAUGCCUCAUUUCUACAUUCUGUCAUUAGCUAUUAUCAUCUAACGUUUCAGUGUAUCCUUACAGAAAUAAAGCAGCAUAUGAAUAA